GAUAAAUUGACUGGCAUGCACCGCAAGCGGUGUACUGAAAUGUUGGCUGCUCACCUGCACAGCUUCGAAGGCAUGUCUCAAGGCAGCCAAAAUGCAUACUGGCACCGCUCCUUCCAACCAAAGCGCUUCCUCAGAUGGGACGUUAAACCAAUCAAUCAAUCAAUCAAUCAAUCAAUCAAUCAAUCAAUCAAUCAAUCAAUCAAUCGCUCCUUCCAAGUUAUGGUCACUGGUGGUGAGCUAGACUAUCGAUGGAGGCGUUCGAUAAACAGUAGCCUGCUCAACAACGACUGGCUGACGAAGCUGCCUGCGUCGACGGCCUCGCUUGCUCGAUCGAUGGGUGCGAAAACGACCAGGAUGCAUCGUGAAACAAACCGUUGUCGUUUUCAGGUAGGGGUCGGAAGCGUGUAGUGACGGGUAGGCCCAUCCUUGCAUCAUCCUUUCGUCAGGACGGGAUCAUGACCAAGAUUUAAUAGAUUGACUUUGCCAUCGCCGUCGCCGGAAGACAGGCUCAAGGUUUAUUCAAUGUGCAUGGUGGUUGAAGUUACCGAGCUGCAGGAACUCCGAAGAUCCACGGUUCUUCAUGUCUUCCCGGGAUGUUGUUCCAGAAUGGCCUCAGGCAGGCCAAACGGUGAGAGUCUCGAAUCUGCCAGGAGUGUGCCCAAGAUUGGCAGCGGGCGAAAGUUGACAGUUUGCGCCGACGGAGCGCGGCCCUCCUUGUGGAGACACGUUUUCACUGCCACGAUGUCAACGCGU